UGGAGAGCCGCGCAGCUCCGAGCAGUUAAGCGGCGGCUGGACGUCGAGCAGUAACGAUGGUCUGGACCGGCCCGGGUGUACAUGGCGAACAUGUUUUAAGAGCUUUCAAUGGAUCUGAGUUCUCUCUCCGUCUCUGUCAGCGUUAUGAUGGCUUGUCUGCUCGGAGCUGCGCAGCUCUCCAGCGGCGACAACAGCAACUGUCCGUGUCCACACAUUCCUCAUGUGAAUCUGACGAAGCCUCCACCAGAGGGGUGCUUCCAAAAGGAAGACCGCUAUCGCUACCAGUGUGUGGAAGGUUAUGUGAGGAAAGUAGGAACCUCAGAUCUCAGCAGAUGCAGGCCAAAUGAGGAUGGUGUACUACGCUGGACCGAGAUCUCCUUGAAGUGUAUACGAGUAGUAGACUCUGUGACACAGACCACAGGGAAGACCGGGCCAAUACACAACUGCACAGCCUUACCGAGCAAUCGCAACAACUCAACCACCACAUCUCCAUGGGCCCACAAAGGAGAAGUAGAUUCUGUGACACUGACCCAGACAACGCAGAAGUCCACAGUCUCACGGAGCAAUGCUAACAGCUCAACCACCACAUCUCCAGGGACCCGCAAAGCACCAACUUCCACAAGUCUACAGACAACCCUGACUGCAAGUACCUUCAGUACAGUGACUGAACAAAGAGACGGGCUGCCAGACGGAAAAAUAGAUUCUGUGACACUGCCUGUAGUCCAGAACCAAACAAUAAGGACCUCCACAAUUUCACCGAGCACUCUUACCAACUACACCAUCUCACCUCCUGAGACCCUCAAAGGAGAAAUUGUCCGAGCAGUGAGCAUCAGUGGUUUUGUGGUGGUCUGCAUAUUGGUCGGGAUCGGCUUCUCACUGUAUCGAAGGAGGUCCAGGAGAACCAGCUUCACAGUGCAGACAGAAGAAAUGAUGCCCAUGAAUUGUCCUCCAGCCAAACCUGAAGAAGUUUAAAAGCCGUGACCUCCGGCCGUCACAGAGAGCAGUAUCAGGUCCUCCUCAUGCCUUGAAGACGGGCUCAUUACCUCCACAUGGGGCUGAAAAUGAUGUCUAUGAACCCUUUUGAUGUUCUGUGGACGUAUGAAAGCAAUUAGUAGGGGUGCUUAUGGGGCUUCAGUGUUUCCUCCCAUUCAUCAGGUGCUGCACUGUUUUUUUUUUUCUACCCUGUAAGACUGGUGGGAUUCUCUAUUUCAGUGUCAUCAAAUCCCAUGAAAAGACCAAAACCAACAAUGAAAUACUCCAGCCAUCGAGUGUUGUCUUUCAAACCAAAGCCUGAUAUAGUAGACUUAAAUACCUAAACUUACUUAAAAAUUAAAAACUAAACACUGUUUCUGAAAAUGUGUGAGUUUUGAGUUAAGUAUGGUCCAAACUACGUAGCCUAGCAGUAGCGGGAGAACACUCCAGCUUAGAUACGGACUUCUAAAAACAAUGGACCAGCAGACGUCACCCACUGGUUUGUGGACGGCUGUUUUGAAGUCUCAAGUCUGCAUUGAGGUUUUUGUUGUUGUUUUAUAAACUGGAAAUAACAAGCAUAUCAAUCACAAGGUAGCCAUGCCCUGCUUUAUUAUCUAUUUUAGAGUAACCAUAAUUUACUAAAUGAACAUCAUGCUGUAUGUGUGUAGCGAGUGACUGAGGCCCUAAACUCAUGAGGAAAAUGUUUACAGGGGUACUAAAUCGAGAAAGAAGUAGGGUAAAUUUUUCAUAGUCUCCUAUAUAAUCCAACGACUUUUCGCAGUAGGAAGAGUCGCCCCCUGCUGGCUGUUAGAAACAAUGCAAGUUUCAGGCAGCUACGCAUUGGCAGACAUGGAGGCUUCGGCCAUCUUUUAUUUAAGUUAAAACCAUGUGGAACAGGUUGUGUACAUCUUCUGUAAGAACCUAUAAAUCGAGUGCCACACUCAGGAAGGAAAAGAGAAACCCCUCUUCCCGUUCUCACCUUGCACAUCCUUGAUUUCUUUCCUCGACUCCUUCCCUCACAAUGUGUUCCCUCCCACCUGAGAUGUGAGUGGAGGAGGGAAGGAAGAGAUACAAGGAGAGAGGACUCAAGGCAACAUUAACAUCGUAGGACAUCUUUAUUUGAAAGGCGUAAUUUCAAAAUACAUUUAGCUCAGUUUAUUUAUGUAGCACCAAUUCACAACAUAUGUCAUCUCAUAGCGUUUAACAUAAGACAUUACACAUUUUAAACCCAACUAGCUAAAGAUCCUCUAUGAGCAAGUCAGUCGGCAGCAGUUGGAAGGAACCAACAAACUGCCCUUUAACGGGAAGGGGGAAAGGCCUCUGACAGAACCAGGCUCAGGGAAGGCGGCCAUCUGAUUCGACCUGUUGGGGUGAGAAUGUACAGACAGAAGAGGGAGAACAGACAAAUGUUAAAGAAACUUUCGAGCCAUGUAUAUUAGAUAGGACGUGUUGGCACAGUUGCAUCAUCUACUAUUUGUACAUCUACUACUGUAUUUUUGUUUGACUGUCAAAGAACUUAAUGGUGUUCAUGAGAGCUUAUGGUAUGAAGUUAUUUGUAAUUACAUUCACAGUGUGGCAUAAUGUGGCAGGAAUGUACAGAUGAUAUAGUUGUUGUUUAUUUUUAUUAUUUAAUACACACAAACACCAUGAAUACAAAGAGGAAUGUGCUUUAUUGUGAUUUUUUAAAUGCCUCUUUCAUGCAUAACUGGUGAGGAAAAUACUUCCACAAAGGAUACAUAUAGGAUAAUGUACCUGAGCAUUCUGGAUUAAAGCUCCUCUGUCAAGCUUCCUCCUUCGUAGAGAUGCAUUUUAGGAAAUAAGAUGAAUAAGCCUUCAUGGUGGUGCUCUUAAGCUAACAAGGAGUGUUAUAAUAGAGGAAUGAGAGGCGCUCUAAUUGUUUGCUUUGGCCUUGUCAUGGGAAUGGUAACAACAAUCACAAUGGAAAUAGUCCAGAGUGAAUUAUAAGGCCUUUGUGUUCACCUAAAUUGUAUUUUUGUACAUGAACAAACCAAAGUGUAAAUAGGUGCUGCCAGCAAACACUGUGAAUAAAACGACUGAUAUUUGUGUGAAAGUCGGCUUAAAGUGAAUGUAGCAGAGAAAAAGUGAUCCAAACAUGAAUAAUGAAUAAAAUGUUUGUUUGCUCCUGUA